AUCGUUACCGUGUGCACGGAGAGAGCCGCAAGAGUGCCGGUGAAGUAGAGGUACAGCGUGAGGUAGCCGGUAGGGGAUACCAAGACAUGGACAAAUUCAACUUCAUUCGAGAUUGCUCUUCGAUGUGACAACAUGGUGCGAUUUAAAGUAAAGAAGACUCUUCAAUACUUGUUUUUUGCCACGGUUGUCGUACUGGUUUGGCGAGAAUUCGAACGACUUGACGGCAAUCAUGGGGUGAAACCCUCGCAUUUGGAAGCAGAGGCGAGAGGACAGCCACUUGUUGCGGGCGUGAACGAGGGACCGAAUGGUCCUGUCCGAAGGUCGGUAGGCGGCCGGGGAGGGGGAAUCGAUGAUGGUGGUGGUGGUGGUGGCAUACGCGGUGGAGGAGGGGCAUGGGGACGUGAACCGUUAUGGCAGGAAAACAAACAGGUGGACGCUGCAAUUGUGAGAGCGAAGCAGAGGGAUGUCGCUUCAGAAGUAGAAUCUAAGCCAGUUUUACCUGCAAAUUUAAUACUUCAAAAAAAUUCAUCAACUUAUAAGAACUCUAGCGAGAUUGCUGCAAGAGUUAAUCAAGAGAAAGCUGCUAAACCAAAGACCAACGAGAAAGAAGUAAAAUCAGAAGGUCAUCAAGUAUUUUCUGUAACUAUUGAGGAACCAAAAGUUGUGCAGAAUCCAAAUCCUCCUUUGCAAAUCAAAAACUUGUCAAAUUUAGUGGCAAGAAAGCCUCCAUCCAAUUUUACAAUUAUAGUUCAAAACGGAGACAACCAUUCAAAGCAACAAGCACACAAACAAACGGAACUUUCAGAUGUGUUUAUUGGCGUGAAAACCACAGAGAAAUAUCACAGCAGUCGUCUGCAGCUCAUCUUGGAUACCUGGUAUUCACUAGCUCCAGAACAGGUAAGUUGAACAGACACCGUACUGUUUAAAGGUCAGAAAAUAUGCCACAUUUUGGUGGUUGUACAGAUCACUUGCAGACCCCUUACAACUCAACAUCAAUAUGAGGUAUGCCUAGAAUUGUCUGUUUGGAGCAGGAGAGCAUUAAAUCAUUCAGAUGUACUAUACAGAGUUAACAUCUUUCCCGCUCUAAACAAACCAUGUUUCUGUAGUUUGAAAAUUGAUUUAUUAGAGCAGAAAAUUUAUCAAACAAUGCUUUCAAAAUAGAACAUGAAAUUGUCAGUAUUUAUUUUAGUAUUCUGCUUUUUUAUGAUUUCAACUCUGAUCAUAAUUUGUUAUUCAUAUCC